AUGCUUGUUUGGCUUCACCCUGUCAUAGGACUGGGACUCCUCCUUACACUUCAAAUAGCUGCUUCUACCAAGCUGGUGUGCUACUUUACCAACUGGUCCCAGUACAGGCCAAGCAGUGGAAAGUUCACAUCUGGAAAUGUGGAUCCAUUUCUUUGCACGCAUGUCAUCUAUACGAUGGCCACUGUCGGCCCAGACCACCAGAUUGCUACUGUCGAAUGGAACGACGAGAUCAUGUACAAGAACCUGAACAACCUGAAAAAUGUAAACCCCGUAAUGAAGACACUGCUCUCAGUUGGAGGUGUGUUCAUGGGUUACAGCCCGUUUAUUGAUAUGGUGGCCAAUGCAGCCAACCGUGCGACCUUCAUCCACUCUGCCCUGCUCUUCGUCCGCACUCAUAACUUUGAUGGCCUGGACUUAGCUUGGGAUUACCCUGGGCAUAAUGGCAGCAAUGCAGAAGACAAGCAGAGAUUCACCGCACUGAUUCAGGAGCUGAGGGCAGCAAUCGAGCAAGAGGCCUUAGACACCAAGAAGACCCCACUGCUGCUCUCUGCCAAAGUGGCUGCCUUAAGGAGUGUCAUUGAUAUUGCUUAUGAGGUCCGUGAAAUCUCAAGCGAGUUAGACUUCAUCAGCAUCAUGACUUAUGACUAUCAUGGAUCAUGGGAAAAAGUCACAGGACACAACAGCCCCCUCUUCAAGAGCUAUUUGGAUAAAGGAAGCCACAUGUAUCACAACAUUGACGCCAGUGUGUCUUACUGGAUCAGUAAUGGAGCUCCAGCUGAGAAGCUACUCCUGGGUUUCCCACUUUAUGGACGCACAUUUCUCCUCAGCUCUACUGAGACGGCUCUUGGUGCCCCCGCCAAUGGCCCUGCCGCCGCGGGUCCAUACACCCGUGAGGCGGGUUACUGGUCCUAUUAUGAGAUUUGCAGCUUUGUAUCAAUGGCUAAAGUAGGAUGGAUUGAUGAACAGAGUGUUCCCUAUGCUACACAAGGAAAUGUCUGGCUGGGAUAUGACAAUAAAGAGAGCUACUCUGCCAAGGUUCACUGGCUCAAUUCCAUGAAUCUCGGUGGAGCAUCAGUGUGGACCCUUGACCUUGAUGACUUUCAAGGACAGUUCUGCUCAGAUGGGGCCUACCCCCUUGUUAACCAUCUACGUAACUCUCUUGGUUUUCCUCCCAAGCCGACCACCACUCAGCCUCCGACCACCACCCCAAACCCCAUAACCUCCUUCUGCACUGGAAAACCUGAUGGCCUGUACCCUAACCCUGCUGAUGAAACCACCUACUUCCAAUGCUUUCGAGGGAACACCUACCUACAAUAUUGCCAACCAGGCCUGGUCUUUAUUGACGGAUGUAAAUGUUGCAAUUGGCCAUGA